AUGGGUCCGAAGAUAACUGUUGCACUGGUGGCCGCUUGCUUGGGGUGCGCUGCUGGAAAUUAUGGGAACGAUGGGUUCAUGCCAAGCAGCUACCAGCACACAGAAGAUCAGCUCGCUCAGCCCUCGGCAAGAGCUGAUAAGAGCAGAGACGAGAGAGACAACCAGCCGGACAGGACACAGAGAUUUGGCGUUACCGACUUUGGCAAUACGGGUCCAUACGGCAGCACAGCACCAGGACUUUACGGCCCUUUGAAAAUAGAUUUGGGCGGGGUACUGCUUGGAUCCAUACUGGGCUUUGGCGCUGUGAUCAUCCUGCCCAAGAUCAUUCACGCCUUCUCCUAUGGCUACGGAGGAUAUGGUCGAAGCGUCGAAACUGAUCUUAGCUCAGUAUCGGACAUGGUAAAUCGAUUCGACGAGGUUCUGACUCGAUACAACAUCGAUUCGUCAUCGUGCAUGCAGCGUCUGGCAUGCUCCUACGUGCAACUGGCCAAUGAGAACAUGUUGACUGGGAACGCGACUGAUUUUGAUGCGUUACUUACCAAUUUAUCUAGUAACUCUUUAGUUCGUCGCAUGCUUGAUGGCACUUCGAUAUACGAGGCCAUGUCGACCGGACGCUCCUUGGACACCGAUUGUCAGCAGCUCUACCCGAAGUGUAAACUUGACAGAAAGACUGUUGUCAAAAUGAUUACACAAAUUGUACCUUCCUAA